AUGAAACUUUUUCAAUUCUUGGAACAUGAACCCAUAAACCAAAGCCCCUUUUCUUAUGGGUUUAAUCAAGAAUCAAAUUCAAGCAUAGUUACAAUUGAUGUGGGUGGUCAGCUUUUCCAAACCACCAAACAGACCCUUUCUUUAGCUGGCUCCAAGUCUCUGUUCUCCAAAAUUUCAAAUUCUAGUCAAACUAUUCCAUUUAUUGAUAGAGACCCUGAAAUUUUUUCAGUUAUACUUUCCCUUUUAAGAAUUGGAAAUCUUCCCUCAGAAGCCAAAGCAUUUGAUAUUCAAGACCUGAUUUUUGAAUCCCAAUUUUAUGGUAUUGAAAACCUCCUUGUAAAUUCACAAUCAAACCUUUCUCAGUUUGAUGCAUUUAACCUCGAAAAAUCAUUGGUUUUGCCUUUGGUGGUGGAGAAGGAAGAGAGGUUCAGAGACAGGAAAUCUCAGAACAAAUCUCCAAUUCUCGAACCAAGCUCGCGUCUUCUCUUAUCUUCACACACUAGGGUUUUCUCGAUCUCUUCGAAUCAGAAGGAGCUACUAAAUCAACAGCUAGAAAUGGAAAAUGGAGGCUACGAAAUACCUGAAAACGCAAACGAACAUUGUCCAGGGCCUCAAUCGGAGUCGGCCGGAAAAUCUGAUUCUUGCGAAGGCUGCCCAAACCAAGAGGCUUGUGCUACUGCUCCUAAAGGCCCUGACCCAGACUUGGUGGCAAUUGUUGAAAGAAUGGCAACAGUAAAGCAUAAAAUACUGGUCUUGUCUGGCAAGGGUGGUGUUGGCAAGAGUACAUUCUCAGCUCAACUCUCUUUCGCCCUGGCAGCUAUGGAUUUCCAGGUGGGUCUCCUUGAUAUUGAUAUUUGUGGUCCAAGCAUCCCGAAGAUGCUUGGUCUUGAAGGACAAGAGAUUCACCAGAGUAACCUUGGAUGGUCACCUGUUUAUGUCGAAUCAAACCUUGGGGUCAUGUCAAUUGGAUUCAUGUUGCCCCAUCCUGAUGAGGCUGUCAUAUGGAGGGGUCCCCGAAAGAAUGGAAUCAUCAAACAAUUCUUGAAGGAUGUUUAUUGGGGGGAGCUUGAUUUUCUAGUGGUUGAUGCACCACCUGGGACAUCGGAUGAGCAUAUCUCGAUCGUUCAGUUCCUCCAAGCAACUGGAAUAGACGGCGCCAUUAUAGUUACCACCCCACAACAGGUGUCUCUCAUAGAUGUGAGGAAAGAAGUAAGUUUCUGCAAAAAGGUCGGGCUACAGGUUCUUGGAGUUGUUGAGAACAUGAGUGGUCUAUGCCAACCAUUGUCAAAUUUCAGAUUCAUGCACUUGACAGAGACGGGUGAACAAAAAGACAUGACAGAGUGGGUUAUUGCGUAUAUGAGAGAGAAGGCACCAGAAAUGCUAAAUUUGGUUGCAUUCAGCGAAGUAUUCGAUAGUAGUGCUGGUGGUGGUGCCAAAAUGUGUAGAGAUAUGGGCGUCCCUUUUCUCGGGAAGGUCCCCUUAGAUCCUCAGUUGUGUAAAGUAGCUGAAGAAGGAAGAUCUUGCUUUGAUGAUAGCAAAUGCAGCACAAGUGCUCCUGCACUAAAGAUGAUCGUAGAAAAACUGGUGUCGCAACUGCUGAAGUAUUUGUGCCGUUGCUUUAUAGAUCAAGCUUGCAUAAUGGCUAAAAUAAAGAUCGGAAUCAACGGAUUUGGAAGGAUUGGGCGUUUGGUUGCCAGAGUUGUACUUCAAAGCGAUGAUGUUGAACUUGUCGCUGUUAAUGAUCCAUUCAUUACCACAGAUUACAUGACCUACAUGUUCAAAUAUGAUAGUGUUCAUGGUCAAUGGAAAAAACAUGAGCUUAAGGUUAAGGAUUCCAAUACCCUUCUCUUUGGUGAGAAGCCAGUCACCGUCUUUGGUGUGAGAAACCCAGAGGAGAUCCCAUGGUCUGAAGCUGGAGCUGAUUAUGUUGUCGAGUCAACAGGAGUUUUUACUGACAAGGACAAAGCUGCGGCCCACUUGAAGGGAGGUGCAAAGAAGGUCAUCAUUUCUGCCCCAAGUAAGGAUGCUCCCAUGUUUGUUGUUGGUGUCAACGAGAAGGAUUACAAGCCAGAUGUCGAUAUUGUCUCGAAUGCUAGUUGCACUACCAAUUGUCUUGCUCCAUUGGCAAAGGUUCUUCAUGACAGGUUCGGUAUUGUUGAGGGUCUAAUGACAACUGUUCACUCCAUUACGGCAACACAGAAGACUGUUGAUGGUCCAUCUCAGAAGGAUUGGAGAGGUGGAAGAGCUGCAUCAUUCAACAUUAUUCCCAGCAGUACUGGAGCUGCCAAGGCCGUUGGGAAAGUACUUCCUUCUCUAAAUGGCAAGCUUACUGGGAUGGCUUUCCGUGUCCCAACUGUUGAUGUGUCAGUGGUUGAUCUAACCGUAAGGCUUGAAAAAGCAGCUUCAUAUGAUGAAAUUAAAGCUGCUCUCAAGGAGGAGUCUGAGGGUAAAAUGAAGGGUGUCCUUGGAUACACAGAAGACGAUGUUGUAUCAACUGACUUUGUAGGUGAUAGCAGGUCAAGCAUUUUCGACGCUAAGGCUGGAAUUGCUCUCAGCAGCAACUUUGUGAAGGUCGUCUCUUGGUAUGACAAUGAAUGGGGUUACAGUAACCGCGUUGUUGACUUGAUUCGCCACAUGGCAUCUGUUGCCUGA